UAACACGCGAUUUCAAACCGGAGGCGGUACAGCGUGCAAUUUUUUAUUUAUUUCAAGUGUAUUGUAAUAUACAUUAGUAAUGGAUUUUUCAACUGCUAAAACAGCCGUUCUCGACUUGCUUUCCAAAGUAGAAUCAAGUGAACUCCCCAAACUCGUUCAGUGGUUAAGGGUAUCCAAUGAACUGGAUGAGUGCUGCACUGACAACAACGACAUUAUACUUAAAAGUAUUGCAGAAGAUCUUAGAAGUUGUUUACCUGUGGAAGCAAUGGUUAAAUCAGAACCCAGAGCUAUUCAGAAGAUGCAGAAGAAUCCAGAACCUACGAUUCAUGUAGACGCGUUCCUAUAUGAUGAGGAGUUUGUUGACUCUCUGUGUGAGGAGGGGAAGAUGAGCAGGAACUACUGUUUAAACUGUGGAUCCCACAACACUUCUCCUUUGGGUUUCAUCUCACACUCUUUCUCCACAAUGGAACUCAAGUUUCUUUUCCAUCAUGUAUUACCAGAUCUGACAGGAAAAGUGCUUGUUGAUGUGGGCUCCAGACUUGGGGCUGUGCUGUAUGGGGGCUAUUUAUACAGUUCUGCCUCCCAGUUAGUCGGGGUAGAGAUCAAUGCGGAUUUCUGCCAGCUUCAGCAAAUGGCAAUCACAAAGUAUCACUUUAAAGACAGAAUACAGGUAGUCCAUGCAGACAUUUGUUCCCAGAGUUCCCUCCUGCAAAAUGCUGAUGUCAUAGUUAUGAACAACGUAUUUGAAUACUUUCUUGAUGCAGAAGAACAGAGCAGGGCAUGGCAAUGUGUGAGUCAACAUACAAGAAAGAAAGGAGCCUUAUUGCUAACUGUGCCAAGCCUUCAAGAAUCAAUUGAGCGACUUCAGUUUUCUAUACAGCUUAAUCAAUGGGUGGAAGAAGUUCCCCUUGACUAUGAAGUAUAUCUGGGGCAGGACACUGAUGCAGAUGCACUGAAGCAGGUCCAUCUCUACAGAAUACUUUAACUUAUCAAAGUGUUUACCAAUCUACUAGUGCCACAAUUCAGAAAGAAGGUGGUAAAACUCCUAAGGAGUACUAACAUUUGAAACUGCUGUUAAACCGCAUGUAGCCAAGCAUUUCAACAGACUCUGAGCCUCCUAGUUCUUGGAUUCCAAAGGUUGUGAAAUAUUCAUCAUGCUAAAAUAAGUGUGCUGUAGUUUGUAAAUUACAAUGGCUUUGCCAUGAGUAGACUUUUUAUACGCCACACUGUUUUUUGUUAUAUAUAUAAUUAAAAUAAGCCAGGCUCUUUUGCAUAGUAGUUAAGCCUGUGGAUCUGGUUGCCAAACCCAUGUCUGCCUAAGGAAAUCGUAUAGCCAUCAUCUUUAACAAAUUGCUCAUAACGUGACUUAAAGCUGUUUGAAAAGGACACUCAAAGACAUGCUUACUAACAUAUUUUUGUAACAAAAAAUACAAUUUUGAAUAAUAUCCAAAUUGGACAAAUAAAUCUAGAUACCUGUGCUGAAAAAUAUGUUGCCGUUUUGUCUUGUAUCAGCUGUGUAGUUUAUAUUCCUAUGACCAUGGGCUCAGGAUGUGGUUCUCUGCAUUCAGUCAUCCCUCCCUCAGACCCACGUCAGCUUUGAUCAUGAGGGUGGGAAGGAGGGGGGCAGAUCCAGCUAGGGAGGAUGUGGCUUCCUGCGCAUUUAUAUUUCAACCCUCCUUCAGAUCCUUCUAAUUAGACAACAUGUUGUACUCUUCAAAACUGGUUAUCUAAGUUAAUGGAACGUAUGUGUAGUUUGAAUCACGUACUGUAUCUUCAAAAUAAUGGAAAGAAAAGUUCACUACCCACCAACAACUAUAGUGACACAGGGCAGUAUUACUGUAGUGUAUACUGUAUGUGUAUGUUUUCAUGUAAAUCCCAUACCAGACUUGUUCCUAAAAUUUGUAAUAUUCCACCCUGGUCAUGUAAUUAAGCAUCCAUAUAAAGGGAGCUUGUAUGAGAUUAUAAACCCUCUACUUCGCCUGCUACUACAAAUAUCUCGUAAACUAUUAAAGCUGGCAACUUCAAACCAUUUGAACUGGUGACUUCAUAUUUUCAAGGUUAUAUUAACCCAUCACGCUAAAUGUGUUGUUGACCUUGAAAUUUACCUCUGACCUAAUAUGGCUGCCAUGUGACUUUUGAAUGCGUGUUACACAGCUUUAUUUGGUUUUCUUAGGUUUUCUUACAUCACCACUGUUGUCCUGUAAAUAU